GCGGACUCUGAUGAUGAAGAUUUUGACCUGAUUCAGCCAUCGCUGAUCCAGCAAUUAAGGAAAAUUUUAGAUGAAUACCCAGACGACGGACAGGUCUUGAAGGUAACGUUGGAUUUUUUCUUUCGCAUUAUACUCUAACAAAUUAACAAAUGAAUAUGAUUAUAAAAACGAUCUUAGUCUUAUAGCGAAGGUGAACGAACUGUAAGGACCUAUUCACAUUUCAAUGCACCUUUCCAUUGUUUUAAACAGGUUAUUCUUUCCAAUAAAUUGAAGGGCAGGUCGCUAACGUGGAACAGGAAGUUAUUAUUACAACUAAUAACUUACUGUUCCAUUUCAGUAGCCACAAUAAUGACCUGCUGGUUCUAAAACAAUGGAAAGGAGCAUUAAAUCGGAUAAUGCCCUCGCUCCUCGGCCUUCUUAAAAAUAAUGACCCAGGCCUCGGAGCUCUAGCCUCCCACGCAGGCGUUUUUAGGGGAGCUCGUUUUUCAUCCCCCCACAGGUAUUAUCCUAUAUCGCCAAGCCUUGAGAGACUUCUAGCUACUGCUGCUAAAGUUCAUUAAAUAUUUUUGCGCCUCGCAAAAGAAAGGUCCUCCUCCGAUAAGUUAAUCCAGGCAGAUCUAUUUUGUUGACACUGUAGUCUGUCCAUGUCAUGUUCUUGUUCAAAACUGCUACAGGCGAUGUCUAGUAUUGCUUUGUUCAAUUCUAAGCGUAAGCCUUUUUUCUUACUAUACUCUAGAUAAUAGUUGCCUUAUGAUUGUAAAAUGUACUCGAUAAUUCAGUUCUUUUUACUGCAAGAGAGUUUUAAUAAACUAUUCUUAUUCUUAUUGGCAAUCAAGCACACUUCAGUUUUCUUAAUGACUGUGUGUAAUUUUUCGCUUCUUUCGCCUUUUUUUUAUCUAGUUUAUUCUUGCAUUAUUUUUUCUCACCUUUUUUUUUCGUUUUUGCACUUACACGUUCAGCCUUAAUGAUUUUUAUCCUAUUUAAUGAUCAUUUUCUAUUUUCUAAAACACCUAGCCUAGGGAUAUGAAAGUAGGUUUGCAAGUUACGGCCUUUGCGCGAUUGCCCUUCCUCUUAGAGGACUUUAUGAAUUUCAAUUACAGCCAAACAUUUCCUUACGGACAGUUUACUUCGUCCUUAUGUUAAUGAUAUCUUACAGUUUUGUACUGUUUACGGUUCCUCAAUAAUACCCGCGCAUUGCUCUGUAGAUUAAUUAUGAUGUCUUUUGUUGUGUUUUUAAGGAACUUAUUCAAAAUGCGGAAGACGCGGGUGCCACACAAGUCAAAUUUCUGCACGACAAACACAGCUAUGGAACAGAUGAGCUAUAUAACGAUGAACUGGCAAAAUUUCAGGUACCGCCUUCUCAGUCCCAUUUAAAUCUUGAACCUGACGAAAGCGCCAAUUCAUGAGUUUCGUAGAUGAAUAUGACGAUUUCUGUCCACCAGCCCUGCUUUGUGGUGAUGUACUAACCAAACUCGAGCUCGUCCUUUUCUUGCUAGACUGCCCCCUUUAAUUCGUUUCCGGCGUUCCCUCGUUUCUCGACCUGUGUGCCUCAAUCUUAGUGCCAAUACAUAUAGUCAUUCUAACUCAUUUUCCAGAGUUCAUGGCCUUGCAAAUUUGACGUCCUUCAUGCCGAUGGUCUUAUAAAAAGCUUUUGGUGAUCCGAUUAGCUUUAUCGUUCAGUGAUGCCUCAGUUAAUAAGGCCACCUUUCCUUAGCAGGCCCUUGUUCCAGUCCCGGCAGACAGAUUUAGUCUUGUUUCCAAAUAUUUCAAACUGCCCCCUUCGGCCUCUUGUGUCUUUUCGUAAGAUGUUUGUUUUGAGAGGUUCUUCUGUGCUUGAAAAAAAAAACCAUAUUAAAGGCGUACAAAAAUACACUGCAAAAAAAGUCGAGUAGGCUCAACUAAAAAUAUUGAGUAAAACGUUGAAUCCACAAUGACUACACAUAUUGAGUAAAAUGAAGUGUCAGUCAUGAGUAAACCAUACUCAAUAACGGGAGUAAAAAUUACUCACGUUUGAGUGCAAUAACCCAAACAAGAGUAAAUUCCACUCAAUGCUCUGAGUACACAUUACUCAUCUGUGAGUAAACCCAACUCAAUAUAAUGAUUAACCUGGCUCAAGCAAAGUGAAUCCACAGUAACGCAUUAUUUUGAGUAAACGGACAGUUUACUCAAUGCGUGAGUAAAAUACAGGCAACAUAUAAUGUAAAAAAACACACAAGAAUCAUAUCCCAGUUCUCAUUUUAAUGCAUAUAACUGCUAUUUAUAAUAUAGUGGAGAAGUAACAACUACACAAAUCCGUAUUCACCUGUAUAAUAAAUAUUUUAUUAUUAUUAAAAAAAUACUCUCUGACUAAAUGCAAAAUCAUAGGUUUUGAUUCAAAACAGUAAUAAUAUUAAGAUUUUGUAAUAAUGCACAUAUCAAAUAUAGUCCUGGAAACGGGUUCACUUAAGUACUUAGAGAAGCAACAACCCCUACACCUCUGAUAUAUACCAACCAAGUCAUAUGUAACUCGAUUUAUAGAACUUAUGUGCCAAAAUAAAGAUGUCUAAUUAUCAACCUUUCACAUUGUUUAAAAUGUUAAUAGAUAUUUCAGCAACAUGCAAAGCAAGUAGUGUCCAAUAGCCGGGGCUAGUAGACUUUGCUAUUGGGCAGGUGAAUUAACUCACCCGACGGGCAAGUUGAGUUACUUUUUGCGGAAAUCAAAUUAACUAAGACUGUGUAUUAAUCCUCCUAAUGAGCAGGAUUAAUACACAGUCUCAUAUAUCAAAACGAUUUUGAGGCUAGUUGACAUAAAUAUUUUGAACAAUAUACCUCGCAAGAAUCUAGCAAAAAAUUCAUUUUAAUCUCUAUGGCAGUAGAUCCAUGUUUGAAUCUACUGGCCUGUCUGCUGUAUUACAAUGUAGAAAAAUCAAGUUAUUAAUGUUAUCGGGUGACUUGAAAUAAGUGCUACCCUACCCAAGGUAUUGUAAUGCUUUCACUGUAUGAUAUGUAUAGGUAAUAGCAUGAUUUGUAGUGAUAUUCGGCAUAAAUAGCUCGAGUGAUAUUUCAAAAUUGUUAAACGUAAUUUCACAAGCUGUUAGGCGAGUGAAGUUUGAGACAAUUUAGAAAUGUCACGAGUGGUAUUUAUGCCAAAUAUCACCUACAAAUCAUGCUAUUAUUUGUUUAUACUACUACCCGCAAAAGGUUUGUAAUUUUCACAUGUAGGUAUUUCAAAUUAAGCUGAAAUACCACUGCUCUAAGCCAAUCAAAUUGCAGAAAUUUCUCAAGUAGUAGUAUAAGUAUAGGUAAUGGCAUGAUUUGUAGUGAUAUUCGGCAUAAAUAGCUCGAGUGAUAUUUCAAAAUUGUUAAAUGUAAUUUCACGAGCCGUUAGGCGAGUGGAAUUUGGGACAAUUUUGAGGUAUCACGAGUGGUAUUUAUGCCAAAUAUCACCUACAAAUCAUGCUAUUAUUUGUUUAUACUACUACCCGCAAAAGGUUUGUAAUUUUCACAUGUAGGUAUUUCAAAUUAAGCUGAAAUACCACUGCUCUAAGCCAUCAAAUUACAGAAAUUUCUCAUGUAGUAGUAUAACAUGGUUAAUUACACUUUGAUAGGCUAUCAAGUUCAUUCACUAAACUGAUGACAGAGCCUGGAAGCUUCUGUGCAUCAUUAAUGUGCAGAACGCACUUUUGUAAAUACAAAAAUAAAUUUUUCAACCCAACAGGGUAAUUGAACAUAAAAACAUAGUAACUGGCGAGCAAUCCACAUGCUGCCUCCACAAGGCUGCCAGUAAAAGAGCAUAACAACUGCUUGUCAGCUGCUAAAUGAAUUUGCCCAGGUGAAUCAAGGCUGCCUUCAAAAAUGAUAAAAGGAAAAGAACUUUGAAGAGCCACACUUUUUGCUGUUGUGCUAUUCACAUCCUAAAAAAGAAAACAAAUCAGUUGGUUAUGAUUUCAUCUUCAAAAGCCACUGUUAUAAAUCACAAGUUUCCAUUAUAAUGGAAAAGCCAAUUAAAAAGGAUCAGUACGUUCAUGGAAGACACAAAAUUAGACAACUAAAGCAUUUGCAGCGUUGACAAAGCCCAGGAUUGUGUUUAAUGCAGCACACUAAUAGAAAUGCUCCUUAACCAUAGUCAGUACAUUCUAAAAUAAUAUUACGCGUGUGAGAAAAGUGAUGAUAAAGAUGAUAGUAAUGAUGAUGAUAAUGAUGAUGAUAAUGAUGAUAAUAACAACUAGUAGUAACUGAAAAUUAGGGAAGUGCAUCCACAGUCAGAUAAGGGUUAUGUUUGUGCAAAAGAGGCUUAACUAUCUAUUGCUAAACAUAGACACCAGUUCCGCACGAAAAAAUGACCCUGAAAUAUCUGUUGGGCUAAUAAUAGUGAGUCUGAUAUAGAAAAAAGUUCCAUGAGAGAACGUGGAUUCCAACUGCACCCUUUGAACACAAAUGAUGAUGAUAGUAAUAGUAGUAAGAACAAUAAUGAAGAUCGAGGAGGGUGUUAUCCAUCAAGGCCGUAGGCCAAGGCAGAUAGCACCCUCCGAGAUCUCCAUAAUUCUUCAUGAGAUACUCAGCCUCAUUCAUUAAUUGUUAAUUAAGUAAUGUUCAUCCAUAUAAUUAGAAUUUAUCAACUUGAAUCUGAUGCUCGCUAUAAACAUGAUAUUAAAUCUGUCAUAAAAUCGUAUACUACUUACAGCAAUAAAGUGAACAAAGUCCUGCUGCUGAGACUGUCCUCCUUUAGAUGUCUGUUUAAGCAAAAAUGGAAGGACUGCCAUGGCAACCUCUUCUUUUUCCUCUGAGAAAAAACAAUGAUAAAAAAGACAUUAAUUUUAUUCAGUCAGCAUUUGAAACAAAGGAGUGUCACCAGCUGGGGCAUAAAAAUAAUAAAUUUCAUUGUGACAAUUAUUGUAACAAUAUCAUUUUUUUUUAUCUUCAUGAAGUAAAUGCCAAUGAAAGCACCAUGAGCCUCCCUUCUGCAUCAUCAAUUUUGUGUAAUGCUAAAAUAAGUUUUUUGGCAUGCAGGAAGGCCCACCUAUUCAAGGGGGUACUAAUGUGAGAGUUUACAGUAUUUUAGUAAGCAUAAUAUUAUUACAAUCAUUUUAAGAUUCAUACCUGUCAAGUUUUCAGUUUCAUCGUCAUCAUUAAACUCUCCCUCCAAGAGUUGGAGGUACUGCUCCAUUCCCAAACAGUUUUUCCUGCCCUUUCUGGCUCUUCCUAAUUCAAUUAUUUGGUCAGCAACUUGACUCAAGUUAGACCGAAACGUGUCCAGAAUGCUUGUAUUUAUGCCUAAUAUCCUCUCAAAUUCAGUGACAAUCUGAAAUCACAAAAGAUAAAGCAGUCCUGCUACAGUGAGGAGCUUUAAAAAAAGUAUUAUCAAAUAUCAAUAUUAUUCUACCAGCCCGUUUCCAUAGCAAAUAAGGGAACAUCAGUUGAGUGUUUCAAAUUAUUAUGGAAUUAGUGUGUAGAGAGUUACCCAGCUAGGAAGUUCUUUUGGAUCUACUUCUGCUCUCUCUCUUAUGAAAGUAGUCGGGAGUAAAUGCUCAUAGUAGCCUGGGGAGGGGGAAUUCCCUAGCCACCGGUGCUGUGUGACAGUCCCUGAUCAGUAAGAGAAACUUAAUUUAAAAAAAAGAACAUAAUACCUGUUUGAAAUCAAAUAAAGCAGGGUAUUCUGUUCUCACUUCUGUUAGGGGCACAUUCUUGUUCAUUAGCCUCCGUCUGUCUGGGAAGGUAAGACUCAUGCGCUCUGCCACUCUCUUCAGAUCAGGCGUUCUUCGCAUGCACUCAUUCUGCAGCCACUCUUUAUGCCGCUUCAAGGAUACCUCAUCUUCUCCCUCUGGAAAAGGUGGCUCCCAAUUGAUCCCACCCCUUCUCAACUUCAGUGCCACAGGCUGCACUUCUGACCCGUUAGUUUUUCUCCUUUUGUGGAGAAUUACUUCAGGGGCAUCAGUUAUACCUUUCCGUUCGUUUCUGAAUUUGUCAUAGAGCUGGGCAAACCAGGAAUCCUAAAAUUCAAAUACAAACAUUUUUGCAUUAUAACCAUUUUCUGAAGUUCAGGACUAGGUGUUUUAAUUGUCAGGGUGGGGGUUUAUAGUGGACUUCUAAACUUGCUAAGAAAGCACAGUGGAACCCUGCCUUCUGGCGACCGCUGUACUUGGUGUGACAUGGUCACACUGAUGACUUAAGGUUACCGUGUUCAUUGAGCUCUGUAAUUUACUAAUCAAACUAGCGAUUUGUGUUUAAUUCUUUCAUGAAAGGGAUUACCCAAGCUCAAAGCCAUUUGCUGGUAUCCAGAAGAAGCCAGUGGAAGGUGACCCUUUUCUUUUCAAAACUUGAACAAUAUUAUACAGUGAUGUUCAUGUGGAAAAUUGAGAGAAAAGAAAUUGAAUUGAAUUGAAAAGUCAGAGAGAUCAGCAUGUCCAUUUUCAGAAUCACAGUAAGCUGAACUGAUUCUUACUUUGCUCUCAAACAACAGUACACUGUACAUGUAUUGUGGGGUUUAAAAGUCAAAUUUUAAUUUAGUCAAAUUGUCUUUUGUAAUCAGUGAGGUUUUAAGUGGUUUUUACAGUAAAAUUAUCACUCUAUGAAUAUCUACAUAAUUUUCAGUUGUUCUACAUCUGUAUAUUGAAGAGAACAGCUGUUCAAAAGUGCAAAAUAAGGUGCUAAGUCUUGAUCUUUGCCCCUGCCCAGUAAUACCCAUUAAAUGGUUUCUGUCUUAUCAGAGUUCCACUGUAUCAUAAUUCAAUAGAAUUAUUAAACAAUAAUUUCGGUUCAAUAACUUCCAAACUGUUCUGGGUACUCAAGGAAGGAUAUUUUUAAUGCCGGAAAUGCGUUUAUGUAAACUUACAUAUCCAGUCCCAACAGAUGUGUCCUUAAGGAAAGGAAAUGUCUUAAUUAUAAGCUGGGAAAUUUCCAGCAGCUGCUGUUUUGUAGGAUAUCUGGGAAAAAAAAUUAAAGGCAUGUGAGAAAAUUAAACAAAUGGCUUCUCUUUGUCCUAAAUGUUCAUCACUUAUCCUCAUUUUUGACCUGCCGUACUUAUGCCAGUAUUGUAUUUCAUAAUUAUUUACAAAGUCCAAUAUCUUUGAAGGCAGUCUUGCCAGUUUUUCACCCAUUUUUGUUAGAAGUUGUGCAUAUACAUUUAGGUCUACCCUAUAGGUUGAGUAGUAAGUACCUUAUUGAAUGGUUUAGAGCAAAGUAUCAUGGAUGUUUUAACUUUAUUGUACAGACACCCUAAAAGAGAUACAAUGUCAAACUUAACAGAACAUAAACUUACUUACCUUAUUGCUAAAAGUAGAUACAUUAUUCCAGGAGGUUUGUUGCAAACAAUUUAAUCAAAAGUAAUAAUUUUAAGUUGAUCAUGUUUUCAGUCAAGCCAGGUCCAGUGACAUACUUCCAUAUAAUAUGUACAUUUUGUUCUGUAAAUGAUUACCCGAAAAUAAACCUCUUGGUCACUGAAACUCUUUUCAAAUUCUAAUCUACAUUCAUAAAAGCAUAAUUAGCAGUGAAUUUUAGACUACAGUAAUAAUAAAAUUAGUCUUCUAAUUGAAGACUUCAAUAAUUAUUAUUUCUGUAGUCUACAGGGUUUCCUGCAGAAAGGGCGUAAUUCGCCUAUCAAUAAUAGGCAAAUUAUGCCUUUUUUGUAGGAAACCCUUGCUCUGAUUAUGGAAACAGUUCAGAAAGGAAGCUGAGAAGAAUUUCACACUCAUAGUGUAUGCGUAACAGAUUGAGUAUGUGUUACAGGUCAAAUUUGAUUUCAGGUUAAAUAUUUUUAACCUUGGUUGAUUCUCAUUUUACUUUUUUUCCUAACCUAUUUACUCAUGAAUUAGAAACAAAGGAAAUUGAAAAUCAACCUAGGUUAAAUCAAAAUUAACCUGAAAUCAAAUUUGACCUGUAACAUGAUACGCAUGGCAGAUUCAAUAAAUUUGCAAUAAUAACUAUUGUAUCAAUGGACUCUAUGGGGGUAUGCUUGCCCUGGCUUGGCUGUAAUCAAAAGUGGGAGGAGAACAAUGUAGAAUUUAUGGUAAAUAGCAAGUGUACACUUACUCAAACUUCCCAAGAUUGCUAAUCAAAUAAAUCUACUGGAUACUGAACUCCACUGUAUCAUUAUCUACUUACAGGGUAUAUCUUGAGAAAUGUUCAUAAAUUCUUGAAACAAAGCUUUUUCUUAGCUUUCUUGUCAACUUUGUUCUGUCUUUGUCCUGCAACAGCUUUGUCACCUCUGGUCUAUACGAAGUGGGCAAAUCUAUAGUUGCAGGCCAAGGCAGUUUAGCAUUAAGUACAAUAGUUCCAGUGUCUGUUUGAGCUGCACUGACACAUGGCCGCUUCCUUAAAAAGGAAUAGGAGAAUACAAGUCAACUCCACAUUUUUUUUCAAAAUUUAUUUUGGACAACAGACUUAAAUGAUAGUAAAGCACAUGUCAAAAAAAAAGUGUGACUAUAAAAGUACUGCUAAAUGUCUACUAAAAACAGUCAGACAUUACGUAGUGGCCAGUAAACAAGACCUGUUCAACAAAAUUUUCAAUGAAUCACUAUAAUAGUGGCCAAAAUAUAUUUAUUUAAAACAGUCACUUGUCCAUUUGUAUAGGGUGGCCACAUAAGAGAAGCUUUGAGUGUACUUACACUUCAUAGUUAUUUGUACUCAACUGACAGUGAAUUCCAAAAUUACUAUCAAAAAUGUACUCCAUAACAAAUUGAGGAAAUGAAGUUCUACAAUAUUUAUUAUAUACUCCUGUUUUUGGUAUGUUAACUGAACUUCUCAACAGGAAAAUUUAAAAUAACACUACGCAGCUCAGCUGAAGUGCACCUGUUUGAAACAGGCUUCAGACAGUUUCUUGCAAGCUCUUUAAAUGGGCGAUACUUUGUAUACUUAUAAAUACUUGCAAUCACUACCCCAAAGGAAUACAUGUCACUCAAAAUUGAUUGAGAAUGAGAUCCUUCAAUGACCUCAGGAGCAAUGUGACAGUGCUCUCUGUAGUACAUAGCUUUUUCUUCCUCUGUCAGGAUUUUCUUUUUUGCCCGAGUAAGUGGACAUGCCUUUCCAAAAUCAAUUAGAAUUGGGGAGAAACAGCCUUUAGAAUUGCAUACAAUUACAAUAUUAUCAUUCUUAAUGUCAUUGUGAAUAAUGUCCUUCCUGUGAAUGUAGCUAAGACAGUCACAAAGCUGUGUUAAAAUAUGAAGCCAGUUCUCUGAACUUUCUAUUGACACCUCAGCCUCUUCUUUGAUGACACCUCUUAAUGUUACUGGCUUGAAGCUUUCACUACCAUAAAAUUGUGUGACAAUAAAAAAGGGUGCAUGGGUGUUGUUCAUCCCAUAUAUCAAUGGCAGGUUAAUAUGGCAACACUGUGCUAAAAAUGAUGCCUCCCUUUCCACCAAUUUAGGUGUAGUGGAGGAAUCAAAAUAUUUGACAGCUACUGGAGAUGACCUAAACUGUUUCAAUACCACUGUGCCAAAUCUUCCUCUACCAAGUUCAACUGAUGGGCCAUCAACAUCUUCCAGCAUAGAAGGAUCUAUCUUUAAGAUUUCUCUAUUAGAACCUGGCUCCUUGGUUAACCUUUGCUGAAAACCUCGAAAAACGGACUGAGAUGUUUUAAUUCUAUCCUUUUCUUUUUCAGAUGCUCUCCACAUCUCAAAGUAUUUUUCCUUUAUAUUUGUCUCCAUAUUACACUUUUUGGUUAGUGAGUCAUUGUCAUUUUUGAGUUCUUGGAUCAAUGUUGUUACUCCUCUUUUCAAAAGCUUUCUUUCUUCUCUUUUUCGCUUGUUGCGGGCCAAACGCUGUCUUCUUUUACUUGCCAGAGAGUGUUUUGAUGGCUGUCUCUUUCUGAAAUUUAUAUAGUAUAAAUUUAUCCAUGUCCCCUUUAAUGAGCAAACUUUUGGUAAUAUCUACUCAAAAGGGGUGCUGGUAAAAGGUGAGGAUAAGCACCUUACACAACAACAGUAUCUGCACAAAGACAAAUUUAUACAAGCCUUAAUUAUGCCCUUACAGUCCUCACUGACAAGCGUUAAGAUACACUUGAGUGAGUUAUUGGUUAAAGGCGGCUUAUGCCACCCUACUCAACAGCAACUUUACAGGCUGCAGUGUAAAACCAUAAUUAAGGUGUUCCAAACAAAGGCUAAGUAAAGUAUUUUUUUAACUCAAGUUUUGGCUUGCAAUAAUACAGAGAAGAAGCCUUAAAUUUGGAAGCAUAAAUUAAUGUUCCAGAAACUUUGCACUGAAUGCCUGCCCCUGUUUAGCACAACUUGCUUUUCCCCCUAUAUAUGCUCUUUUUUUAAUUAAAAAAAGUGCAUGCAAUCUGCAUACAUGUUAAGUCUAUGUGCAUACCUUGCAUUUUGUGCAGUCUCUGGCUCCUUGCUUUGUGAACUCUCUGCAGCCACAUCACCAGCAAUGGUGACCACCUGGGUCUCAUGAUCAGGCUGGUUUGUAGCAGCUGUAUGCGUGGUAGAGGCAGCAGCCGUAUGCGUGGUAAAGUCGCCUGAAGUUGAAUUAGCUUUAUUUUGUUUUAAAGUACCCAGCAGCUUAAGGAACUUCAUUCUGUGCCCCAUGACUGGAAUUAGUUCUUCAGCGGCCCUUUCAGUGAGGCAUAGGAGUGCUUCACCAUCUAUAAAGUUCUCUGUGAACACAAAAGCACUUAGACUUAAUGAGAUUCGCAGUUGGGGGUUUUAAGAGUUGAACUAUUUCAUACCGCGUUUAUGCAAAUUCGCCUGUGAGCAAAAGAGAGGGCCGCGAAAACGAACAUCAAAUCCAAUAAAUUAGAUCACUGUACUUUGAUAUCGACAGCAGGGCACUGAGGUCCACUGAGGGUUAUUUAGGGCACAUAAACCUCUUAACGUUAACAAUGCAUUCCAACGGUUAGGAAUGUAAGGUCUUUAUUUCUGUCCACUUACCAUGAAAUUUAGAAGCAUAUUCACCAAAACCCUUAUCGCUCAACCAUGACUGAACCUCGUCAAUUGAUUUCUUAUCCAUAGCCAUUUCCUAUCCGAUUGUAGGUGAAACACGGGGGAAAGCAAACGAUGAACUGCAGUAAAGUCUAACCCAAAUAACUUGAGCGUGAGCGCGGAAAAGACCGAAUUACUCAACGACAAAGCAAUAUCGUUACCGUUUGGCGCGCUUUUCUGCACAAUCUAUUGGCUGUAGGUUCCACGUGAUGUUUGUUUAAACGUCAUGUGAGUGAGGUGCUUCGUGACGAAAACGUGACGUUCCUUCUGUUUCGCGCGAAAAUUUGCACGAGUCAGCGAUUGAUUUAGUUUGCAAACCUUCACAACGUGUGCUUUUAUUUAAGCCCUACAUGUAUUCGUGCACUUUUUGCGCUGGUUUUCUGGGACAUUCUUUUAAAAAGCUUCUUCGCCACAUAAAGUUUAUUCAUAGUCACGAGCCAAACUUUUCAAUAACGUGCGGUGAUUGUGGUCAAUCAUUUCGUAAAUUUAAUUCCUUCAAGACUCAUAUUCGAAGAGAGCAGGCGAAGAAAAAACUUGAGCAACGUUUUAUCGUGGAGGAAGCAAGCGACACCGAAGUUGACGAACAUCAGGGUUACGAAAGCGAUGAUGAGCAAGGCCCUGAAGAAGAACAAAGCGCUGAUACUCACGUUGGUGAUAUCACGAAGUUUUUAGCUUUGUUUAUUUUGAAAACUAAAGAGGAAAACCAACUUAGCCAGCAGUCCAUAGAUUCUAUACUUGCGAACACGGAGGAUGUGGUUGAAACCAGUUUGCAGUAUCUAAAAGAUAAAAUAAGCAAUUGUUUGGCAGACAGUAAUAUACAAAUUGAGGAUGUAAAUGGGUUGGCUGAUGUUUUCAAGGAGCCAUGCGUUUUUUCGCGAGCUAAGGAACCUCUGGCAAAUGAAUACCUGCAGGUCAAGUACUUUCUGGAAAACUUUGAUUUAGUGGUAAGAACAAGAUCGCAUGUUAGCUUUAUACUUUGUGUUUUCUUAUGUCACCAUGUAUGCCAUAAUGAUAUUUGCAAUCUCCACAUUUAGAUUUUGCAGUUUCUAUUUUGGUGCAAAUCGUAGGGAAGAUAAGACAUUUUUGACUCUCAUGCAACCCCGUAUAUUUUGGUCACCUUUAGGCAUCAUGGACCAAUUCUAUUUUAUAAUUAUACAUUCUUUAUGUUGGGAACUAAUAUUGUAGCCUUUCUUUAAAUUAUGAAAGGAGCCGCAGGAGAUAGUCUUGAGUCAGCAUGCAGAGUACCGUACUGUAAGAGGACGUCAAAAAUUAAGGAUUGUCAAGGAAACAUUUCAGUACAUCCCAAUACUGAAGACUCUACAAGCUUUACUUAACCAUCCAGAUGUAAUUGCAGAGGUAAUUGGUUUAGUGCUUUAAGACGUUAAGAGUUUUCUUUUUGAGGCACGACAAAAAUGCUUGUACUGAAUGUUAUUAAGUUGUAGUAAUUAAAAUGAUACUAUUCAGGUAGUACAUGUAUGUACAGAAUUACUCUUUGGGAACAGCUCACAUCCUCAGAAAGGUUCUGUCAAUCAAGUGAACUCGUUAGUACCAAAGGACCAUGGUUUGGCCCCGGUGCUCUGAAGACUAAAUAAGCGAGUCAAGUAUUACAAAUUGGAUAAUAAUAACAACAAUUAAUUAGUUAAUUAUUAUUCCUAAAUGGGGAUAAGUAAUUUAUUUAGUGGAUUGUGCUAUCCAAUUUUUUGGCACAAGUUGUUGUGCUGCUCAAUAAAAAUAUGUGUAUGAUUGUAUUUUAAACAGCAGUGUUUUUUUUGUAAUGUUGUUUAAGGUAAGAAAUCCCCACAAUAGCACUGAUGGACUUUUGAGAGACUUUUGUGAUGGUGAAGAUUUCAAGAGACAUCCUCUUUUUGGACAAGACCCACAGGCACUUAUUCUGCACUGCUACUAUGACGACUUCCAAGUUACCAAUCCUCUUGGAUCAAAGACUAGAAAGCACAAAAUAGGUACUUACACAAUACGUAAAAGAAAAUCAAUAAAGCUCCAGAUAGAAGACUAAUAUUAUUUCUUGACUUUUGUGUCACUGACAAAAGAGACACUAUAAAAGAGUUAAUUGUGCAGUACUUUUUAAACUAAUUUCUUGUAUUUUGAAAGCACAACUUGUAGCUCUUGUACUUUAAUCAACACAUUCUCAGGGUUGUCACUAAGAUUUCAAGUUGCCGGGUAAACACAACAAGUAGGCAGGUAAUCAAACGGCUAGGGAUUUCUUUUGGUUCUAUUUUUCUUCUGUUUUCCAAUAAAAGUAGCCGGGGGCCACUCUCUUAGUAGCCGGGGAAAAUCCCCGGCCCCCGGCUCUUAAUGACAACCCUGCAUUCUUGUGUCAUUUUUUCAUCUUAUAAUGUAAAUAAUUUUAUUAUUACCAAUAGAUCUGUUUUUAGAAAGUAUUUUUGUUUUCUGAACUGUGCUUCACAAAGCUGGGUCUUAGAAUAGAACAUUUCCUUGACAUUUUGUACGUUUUAACAUUUUUAAUUUCAGCAGUCAUUAGUCCUCAACAACAAUAUAUAUAUUGCUUUGUGUCACUCCAGCAGAGCUCGAGGAAAAUGCUUGCAGAGUCAAAUAUGUGAGAAAGAAAUAAGUGACAUUCUUGCACUAAUAAUACCCACAGGACUUUCUGUUCAACUUGCCAAUAUUGUGUAUAUGAUACAAGUUGACAUUAAAUUCAGGUUAAAAUUUUUUAACCAAGGUUGAUUCUCAAUUUCCUUUGUUUCCUAGCCCUAAUUUUUCAUGGAUUAGGGCUAGGAGACAAAGGAAAUUGAGAAUCAACCUAGGCCAAAAAAUUUAACUUGAAAUCAAAUGUGACCUGUGACAUAUAUACUAGUAAUGGUGUUUAUGCCAUUAAUUUUGUUGAUGUCUGUUUUAUAGGGGCGUUCUACUUCAACCUUGGAAAUCUUUGUCCACAGUAUCGGUCGGUAAUAAACAUGAUACAACUGGUGGCACUUUGUCCAGUUCCUUACAUAAACACAUAUGGAAUGAACAAAAUUCUUCAACCGUUUAUGAGGGAUAUAAGUCUUCUUGAGUCUGUAAGUAAAACAUUAGUAGUCAACAUUAUUAAAACAUUUUGUCCUGUUUACAUGUCAAGUAUUAUCAACAUAAUACAAGUCUAAACUAGACAGUAGAAAACACCUGUCUCAUUACUUUUAUGAUCUGCACUUUUUACUGGUUGUGUCCUCCUAACGAUGGUAGGAAAAUGAUAUUAGACAGCCAAAACAAUGAAUUUUGCCACCACACCACUGCAUUUAGGCAAAUAGAUUGUGUAUAUUUGCAUUAACCUAUAGAUUCGAAGGUCACUUUGUAAUUGCUAGCAAUAAGUAUUGCUAGCACACUGUAGCGAUACAUAAUUAUGUAUAUGUUAUGGUUCUGUUUUGUCUUCUCUUUAAUUUUUUCUUUUCUUUUCUCUUGCAAUAUGGUAAAGUAUGAUAAGUUUUAAAACAAGAGAUAAAAAAAUUUAAACCAAGGGUAAAAUUGAACCACAACAUAACUUAUUUGCAUAGCUGAUGAUUAUACAGACUGUAUUUUAUGACAAUUACUGUACAUAACAUUUAUCGCCAUUUUCAGUAAUAUUAUUGUUUAGUGUAUUGUUUUAAAUGAUUAUACUCAUGGAGAAUUAAAAUAAUUUUUUCAAUUAUUGAAAAAAUUAUUUAAAAAUGUUCUUUGCAGGAAGUUGGUGUAAAGCUCAAAAUAGAUGGCCAAGAUAGUGUAUUUAAAGGAAGCAUUGGGCCUUUAACUUCUGACAACCUUGGGGCACACUGUAUUGGUGGAUUUAUUGAAGGUUUUAACUCUCUGAGAAUUUGCAGAGUUUGUAUGGGUACAAGCAAUGACAUUCAAACUAAGGUAGGUCAGGUGUCAUUAUCUUUGAAAAAUAAUUUAGUUUCUGCUGUUAGCUGUGAACUAAUAUGCAUUAAUUUAUAACACAUGUUGUGGUUAAAUUUUAGCCUUAAUUCUAUCAAUUCUAUUUUCCUUUUCAUUAUUGUACACUGUAACACCCCAAAACAAAGAAAUAAUAACAUAAAGGAAAACAGUUGUUAAACUGAUUCUAAUAAUUUUAUUAUAUAAUGUUUAUAACUCUUUCCAACAUAAAGUUCACAGAAGAGCAAUAUCAUCUGCGAACAAGAGUAAGCCACAAUCGGCACUGUCAAUUAGUUGAAGAUGAUGCGACAUUAUCAACAACUUAUGGAGUUAAAAGAACAUCGCUUCUUAAUCAGUCCCGUUAUUUUCACGUGGUGGAUGGACUUGACCUUGACAUCAUGCAUGACCAGCUGGAAGGAGUACUUCCCCUUGAGAUCAAGCUGUUGCUCCAAGAGUAUAUUUCAGUGGAGAAGUACCUCUCACUUGACAUUCUCAACAGGAGAAUAGCUGAUUUCGGUUAUCCCUUGAUAGAUGUAAGCAAUAAGCCAAGUGCUUUAAAGCAGCAGGCCUUGUCUUCUGAUUCUGCCACUUUAAGUCAGUCAGGUACGUUUGAGACAUUUUCUUAUUCUUGCCUGUCAGUUUUUUAUUUUCCCCUCUGACUGACAGAAAAUCCCUUUCCAAUGGGUAGUAACAACUAGCCCCUCAGCAAAAACAUUAAGAAAAAAAUUUUGGGGAACCAUAGUCUUCAUCGAUAUUAAUACCUCUCUGUUUGCAUGUUUUAAUAUUGUUAGCUUCACAGAUGUGGUGCCUUUCACGAAUGCUACCUAUUCUUAUUGGUGACCUUGUUCCAGUUGGUGAUGAGCAUUGGGAAAACUUUCUCCGCCUUCUUCAAAUUGAGGAGAUCAUUUUUGCUCCCAAGACAAGCAUUCAGCUGGCAGCAUAUCUUGCGGUUCUAACUGAGGAGUACCUUACUGGAUUCAGUGAACUUUAUGAUAGGCGAAUGAUCCCGAAGCAACACUAUAUGGUUCACUAUCCAAGGCAGAUUGUAAGGUAAAUAAAAGGAGUGAAACAUUUUUCAAAUAUAGAUAGAGAAAAAACCGUGAUGAUGGAGAAACCCAUGGGAUUUUUCUUAUAUGGAUUUUUUGUAUAUGUUACAGGUCAAAUUUGAUUUCAUGUUAACUUUUUUUGGCCUAGGUUGAUUCUCAAUUUCCUUUGUCUCCUAGCCCUAAUUCAUGAAAAAUUAGGGCUAGGAAAUCUUGGUUAGGAGUUCUUGUGAUUCAGAUACAUUUCUUACUUACUAAAUAGGAUGUCACUUUCAUUAUUGUGUGGUCUACUGCGACAAUAAAAACUGAGAAUGUGAAUGUCUUAAUUUUUUGGCAGAAGAGGACCACUUGUGAGGAAUUGGGCCAUGCGAUUUGAGGCUAAGCACAAUUACUUUAAGAAGCUGGUUGAGAGAAUUAAUAACUUUAAGAAUAUCAGUUAUUCUUUGGCAAGGCGCCAUCAAGCCCUCCAAGCAUAUUUGCUUCAGUCCUCAACAGGAAGCUUCUUACGAAUGACUCUGGAUGUUGGACCAGGUACUUCAACAGAAUUGUAUUACAGGGCAUAAAUUUCCAUCUAAAUUCUAUGUGGGACCACAAAAUUGGCCAAUUGCACUGUACAUUGUAUACUAACAUCUCCGUCUUAUGUGCUAUCAAUUCCCUAGGAAGAAAAACAACUGUUCUUGAAAGUGGUUAUUUGGAGCACUUGCAAGAGAUAUAUCCAGAGAUAGCCGAAGAAAGCACACUAACAAAGUAUGAAAGACAGUCAGUAUUUAGUUUUUAAAACUUUCUGUUCUCAUGCAAUAAAAUUUUUGUCCUUAGUAUGAAAAAUAAAUUAAUUACUUUUAUUUUUAUGUAGCAGUAGUCAAUAUUUGGGUGGAGGGGCAGGCAGUAAGUGCCCUAAUUUGGCCUACUGAAAAGUCUUUAAAAUUUAUACAAUAAUUGUUAUUCCACUAUUAAUUUUUAGCGGCUUGAACAGGGUGUAAUUCUAUACCAGAACCCUUAAACAGGGUGUAGUUUGCAGUGCUUGAUCUGUAUAAGUGGUACCUAAAAUUUCUUUAAAACAAUCUAACUCUAUGAUGUCAAGAAUUAAUUCUGUAUGAAAAAUGAAAUGAAUCAAGGCUGUGUGAACUGCCUACCUAAGGCCCAAGCAAUAUUCAGUUUAGGAAUCAUUGUUUUUUAAACUGGGAUUUAAUGGUUCUGGACUGGGACUCAUGAUUUUUCGCAAGAUGAGUCCCAGGACUCGCAUUAACUAUUUGUAACAAAAUUAUUGAUUAUUAUUUCUUUUUUUUUAUGUAUAUUUAUUUUCUGACAGAACCACUUGGGCAAAAGUUUAUGGCACCAAAUAUAGCAGGGGCUAUGCCAUCAUUGUUGACGUUCGGCAUGGAAUUCCAAGUUUUGGAGAAAUAAAGGAAGUCCUCAUUUUAGAUGGAAUUGAAGUCCUGUUGCAAUAUACAGCCUUGAGUGUCCUUGAAUACGUCACUCAUUUAAAUGCCUACAAGGUUACACCAGGAAAUAAAGUGUCCUACAUAAAGCAAGCUGAACUUGUUGAUUUCCAUCCCCUUGGGAAGUGUAGAGGUUUUGGUUGCUAUGCCAGUAAUUUCUUUGUGGUCCUAAAAUACAGAAUUGACUGUUUGCAAUAAUGCAUUUCAUUGCAUUGCAUCGUUUUAUAUUGUUUUUAAUUGAAUUGAGUAAGUUAAUUGAGUUAAUUGUAUUUCUUUUAGGAGUAAACUCAUUUUCAUGCAUAGAUCAACAAUGUUCACAUUAAGCACUGCAGGAGUGGUAAACAUCAAGACACUUCAAUAAAGUAUCCAUUUAUCUACUCAUACAUACAUAAGUAGUAGUUAAGGCUUUUUUUACAAGUUAUGAUCCCUGAGUAUGUUUUACCUCAUGCACAAAAGUAACUUUUCAUGUUAUUGUUAUGGAAGGUUUACUUAAUUUGGGUCUGAAUGCCUCUUUUUGACUAGCUCAGGUUAUGUAUCUGUUUGCAGAAAUAAAACAACUUACUCAGUACAUGCAAUCUGAGUGCUUCUUUAACGACUUUUCAAUAAUGAAUUCUGCAAUUUUGUUGAAAGUUGUUUCUUUCAUCGUUUACUCAUGGGUGAGUAGUGUUAACUCAGUUUUUUUGAGUAAACAUACUCUUUAUACCUUUUACUCAAAAGAACGAGUGUUUUCCACUCUCUAUUUUGUGUUUGAGAUUCUACUCCUUUUGCGAGUAAUUGUACUCAAUAUACCGAGUAAAAUGAGCCAGUUACGCAAAAGUGGGAGUGAGUUUUACUCAAUCGAAAAAUGGCAUUUUUUGCAGUGUAGCUAUAAGUGUUAAGGAACUUAUAUCCUUGUUACUUGUUCAUAGGGUCCAGCACUUUAUGCCUACAGCAACUCCAAAUUUACCAAAGAAGAUUGGAGAGGAAUCCGAUUAGUCUGUGACAGCAUCAAAGUAGACGAUCCCAUGAAAGUUGGUCGCUUUGGUUUGGGAUUCAAAUCUGUGUUUCACAUGACAGGUAAAGUAAAUACUUUCCGCGUACGCGAAAGAUUUUCUUUAUUAAUUAAGAUAUCUGGUCCAGAAAAGGUAAAAAAAAAAGUAGCGACCAAUCAUCCCCCACUUCAGCGUUGCGGGAAACCACUUGGGCUCGACGUCAGUGCGACGAGGUAGUAAUUUGUUCGAUUUACUCAAGGCUUACAAAACUGAGUUGUCAAAUCAAUUAAGGGAAAGCUACGAUGGUUGAAGAAAGGGUAGCUGACAAUAGUCUUUACAGGCCUUAUCUAAACUAUUCAAUAUGCCGUAUUGAGACUUUAUCAGUAGGAAACUGUCUGUAAUAGAGAAGUGUCGCUCACAUUUCAGCGGUGUCCGUAACAGAGAGGUGACAGUAUGGCGAGGUUCGAAAGUGAUGCAUAUUAUUAAAGUUUAGUAAUUAACUUUUACGUACGUAGCCCUUUCUCCCCUCAGAUUUGCCAAGCUUGAUCAGUGAUUCGCGGAUUGGCUUUAUUGAUCCUCAUGGCGUUCAUUUUCCGGACAGGCGUCGCAUACGAACAGGGAAGUACUGGCGACUUGACGAAGACCGCGCGUCCAUCGAUGAGUUUUCAGACCAAUUCCUUCCUUAUAAAGGCAUAUUUAACUGCACAGAUGAAGUUUUCUCCCAGGGAUUCUAUGAUGGAACCCUAUUCCGUUUUCCAUUCAGAAGGGAACCCUCAGACCUUUCAGAAACACUGUACAACGAAGAUAACAUGACGACAUUGUUUGACAGUUUCAAAGCCGAUGCUUCUCUGAUCCUCCUGUUUUUGCAGAGUCUGGAAUCUGUUGAGCUGUAUACCAGAGAGGAAUCAGAUUCCAGCCCCAGUAAAAUCUUUCAAGUGAAGAUUGCAGAGAAAAGCCUGCAAACAGUUCGUGCGAAGAGAAAGGAGUUUCGGAAGAAAAUCACACCUGGGAAAGUUAUGCCCGAACCAGUCACAGUGAGCUAUCCAAUGACCAUUGAAACAACUAAUUUUGAGACGCACUUGACAGAGAAACACUCAUUCUUUGUUACAAACUACUUCUGUGGUGGGCAAGUAUCUUCAACGUUCAAAAAGUUGAUGACAGAUAAGGAUCUCAGAUAUCUCCCCACAGUUGGUGUUGCCAUGGCAUUGCCAGACGGUCCACAGUUACAGACGCCUGAUAUCCAAGGCCACGUCUAUUGUUUCUUGCCGUUACCAGUCCAGACGAAAAGCUUAACUGGUUUGCCAGUGCACGUUAAUGGUUCCUUUGCCUUGAGUCAAAAUAGGCGUUACAUCAAGUCUCCGAAUGCAGAUCAAGAAGAACGCCAGAAGGCAGGACGGAAGAUGACUGAUAAAUCCUUGUUAUGGAACAAGUGUCUCCUCGAAGAGGCCCUUCCUAAGGCUUAUGCCACCAUGAUUUUGGAAGCCAUAAAUGAGAAGUCUGUUUUCAUUUCCAAGACAGCAAUCUAUAAGUAAGUUACAUGUUUUAGUACAUCGAAAUACGGCGCCCUAAUGAAAUUUGUUCGCUACUGGUUUUUUUUUUUUUUUGCAGAAAACAAAGUAAUCUUUUUAAAGAUAACUUUGUUAAUUAAAAUUACUUAAAAGAUUUUACGGAUAUUUAGUGAAAUAGGAGAAAAGGCUCUCCUUCUGACGUUUACACGAGUUUGAACAAGUAAAAUUAUGCAGAUUAAAGAAAGAUCCAAUUCCCAGGAUAGAAAAAACAACUUCUUAUACACAAGCUUUCGACUCCAUCGCGGAAUCUUUAUCAAGUGAUGGAAUGGGACGUUUUGUCGCGUUAUUUAUACUGUGAAUCACGCGACAAAACGUCCCAGUAUACGUAGAACGUAGGGAGCUCGUAACCGCCAUCACUGUUCAAUGUUCUUGAAGCCUGAAAAAAAUAUUUCGAUGACCUAUUUAUUUUCUAUAUUUUACUUCUGUUGGCCCCAUGGAUAGUGUCUUCAUCCUUCAUUGUCUUUCCACUGCUAUCCUGACUGAAGGUUUUUUUUGGCAAAUUUACUUUCUUUAACUCCAUCUUAAAAUGAGAAAAAAAGAUAAAUUAUGAAUGAUAAUCCAUAAAAUAUUAUAUCAAGGCGUUAAAGCUUUCGCAGAUUUUGUUCAUGAAAGGAAAACCUUAGACAUCAUCAUCUUGUGUAUCUGACAAAAGAAGUUUUCUAAUGUGACUAGAAUGGAUACCAAGUCAGAUUGUCAUCUUCACUCAAAAUACAUGACAGGAGUCUUAUAACUUAAAGUAGUAAAUAAGAGAAGAAAGAAAACAGUAGGUAGUAUGUAGGACUUGAACCAACGUCACUUAAUGUAUAAUCCAUAUCCGUAUCCACUACACGUAUCCACUACACCAUCAAGGGCUAACUGCCGACACCGGUUAAUUUUAACGUACUUUACAUGGCAUUGAUCAUUACACUAUUGAAAGCUAACCGUUUUUUAAACAGUCCUUAACCCUAAUCACUGUACUUCGGUGCUAAACCCUCUAUUCAACCCUUUUCCUUGUACAACUGUCUUUUACUCUGAUUUCCCCACUCUUCUUCACUUCUUCACUCCUCCACUCUUCUUUUCAAGAAUGUGCCCAAUAAAUUCGCAUAAAUAUAGUAUAGCGUGGUAUAGAGUAUAGCGUUAUGUCAUAAACAUAAGGUGUCCAGCCUGAUUUUAAGUUAUCCAUUCUAGUCACAACCGUUUUCUGAUACUCACUGUGGCGUGAUUAUAAAUUAAGUAAGUAUUUGGUCAUUCAGUCAAUUAAGGGAAAGCUACUAUGGUUGAAGAAAGGGUAGCUUAGCACCACCCACAGCGUAAGUGUGAUCCAUUUUUGCUGUUAUUCAGAUGAAAACUGUUCUGUAAGACUAUUGAACAAAUUUUCUUUAUUAUAAUCCAGUGCAUCUUGAAUCCAAUACAAUUUUUCAACCUGACCUUCUUGGAUUCUAAUUACACUGAUUUGCUCUUAAUGUCAAAAUGAAAUGCCAAGAAUGUUCUUAUGGAAGUUAGGUCUGUUCAGAAAAAAUAUCAACUAAGAAAAUCAAAAAGGCCGAAUUUGUCUGUUUUAAUAAUAUUAUAUAACAGAAACAAUCUGAGAUAGUAAAGGCGUCACGAAAACAAGGUCAGGCGAAAAUAAAACGCACUUGAUGUGGGUUAAAGGGAGCCGGUGGUGCCAUUAAAGCAGCCAAGUGUUUUACAGGCUGCAAAACAGGGCAUUGACAAAGCAGGAGUCGCAAUCAGUACUCUAUUUUUCAUCUCCUUUCAGAGCUUGGCCUGACAUAAAGUCUAUAAACAAGCAGUGGAAAGGACUUGAGGAACCUUUGUUUCAGUUACUUUUGGCAAAGAACGUUGUUCACACAGAAGCAAAAGGUGGUAAUUGGCUGGCCGUUUCAGAAGCGCUUUUUCAGCGUCGAACAGACGGCGAACAACUUCAACUGCUUCAGAAGGUUCUGCUAUCCAUCGGUGCCCCUACUGUUACUGCACCAAGUCAUGUACUCCGGGCUCUGGAUGCCUAUGCAUUAAAUCAAAACGAAAUCACGCCUUCUUUGAUACGACAUGUGUUAAGGAAGGUACCCUUAUGCUACACAAGGCUUGAGAAGACAGAAAAGCUGCUGCUACUUCAGUUCUGUCUCAGUGAUCGUGCUUUUAAGGAUCUGGCUAGCUUGCAACUUUUGCCAUUGGCCAAUGGAACGUUUGCCAAAUUUGAUAGCAGCGCUACGACAGUUUACAUAACCUCUCCAGAACAUCCUCAAGAACUGUUUCCAGGCACACCUGAAACAUUUUUGCAGAACGACUUGGACGAAGAUAUUCUUCAAAGACUAACAAGCGCAGCUUCUGAAGGUAGGCUUCUCAUAACAUGAGUUAUUUCUCCGGAUACCAGAAUCAAUGUAUAGGCCAGGAAGGCACAAAUGAGCGCUGGAGCACACCCUUUCUCAUGGUGAACAAAAGUUCGUUUUUUAUGCCGUAUUAAACCGAAAUAAUCUGGAUUCUUCAAUUCUACUAAUGUAAUCAACGCCUACAGUAAAAUUUAUUUGGAUUUACGCCAUUUGCGAAAGGUUGAGGAUGGAAAUGAGCGAUAGUGAUGACGUUUCGAUGAUGCCAUCUCAUCAUUUUCAUUCUUAAUUCCGUGAUGUCAUUGUUUAACGAGAUACGCGCCGAAGUUUAGUUGAAUGUGAUGAACUGAGAAAUACAAUAUAAUAUGUAAAACUUGUUGAUUAUCAGGUAAAUAGCUUACUGUUAUAAAGUCAGAGUGGCUGUUCUGUUGAGGUUUCUUUUCUCUGGGUUUCCAUCAAUGUACAUUUUUCUUCGUUUAAGCGUUUCGAAAAGUUUCCUAAAUCAACCGCAGUACAAUAAAAGAUUGAAAAGAUUGUUCAGCGGUUCAGUUCCUUUUUUGAAACUUGUCUUGAUAAUCAGUCAUACUUUGCCUUUGGUUUUUAAAACGAAAACACCAAUAAUAAGGUCUUGGACGUGCUAAUCAACGUGUUUUAUAAUUACAUUUAAAUACAACAGGACAUACUCAACUACAGCUCCUUAGAAGCCAACAUGUACCUGAACUUCUUGGGCAGUCUCUGCCGCAAGACUGGAAAAAAGGCCACUCCGUGUUGUGGUAUCCAGAUAGCCCCAGUUACCAUCAUCCUUCAAGAGCGUGGAUCCAGUUACUUUGGAAUUAUCUGCAGCGGUAUUUUAUGAAUAAGUGGGAUAUUCGCCAACUCGAAGGACUACCUCUAAUCCCGUUGAGUAUGUCUCAGACACCCGUUACCUUGACCCGUCUCUCCCGCCCAAGUAGUAUUGUUUUGAAACAGUAUAAUGAAGAAAGUAUUGAUGAGAACUUGGCAAAUGUGUUAAAAAGGCUCGGAAUUAUUGUACUGCAUGACCUACCGACGUUUAUAAGCUACCAUCCAGCUGUCAUGGGAACGUACGUGAAUGCACCAACUGUCCAAGGUGCUCUGAAAGCAAUGAUGACAAUGAAAUCUACCUUGCCACCAGGAAGUUUUUCUGAAAUCCUUCAAAGAGAACUUUCAAAAACAGAAAAGCUUACCCUCAGGUCCUUCCUUGCAAAUAUCAGCCCCUUUGACAUUGACAAGGAAGGUUAUAGAGUCUUCUUGUGUUCCUUACCAAUUUUCGAGACACUCUACAAGAGGUUUGUUUCAAAGAAUGAUGGCUUGAAAGCAGCCCCUGCCGAGGCCCUUCCAGUCCCUCCACCGCACGACCUUAUUGAUAUUUCCAACGACGAAUCCUGGACUCUGGCACAAAUACUUAAAGUCAGGAUUUUACAGCCCAUUGAGGUCAUCUGCGAGAUAAUGUUUCCCGGAAUCCAUGAAGGAAACUACGAUGAAGAUCAAAUUGAUGAAGUGAUGCUCUAUGUUUUUGAACGUUUUACACAUAUGAUCCGUAAAAACGCUAAUUUUAAGUGGCAACUGCAAGCUCUGGCCUUUGUCCCAAAGCAGACAGAACGGGUUAGAGCAUCAGAUGUGUUUGAUCCCCGAGACACCACACUGAAAAAGAUAUUUGCUGAAGAAGAUGUCUUUCCCGCAGGUGAGAUGUACAAUGAACCAGCUACCCUCGUUAUUUUGGAGGUACUUGGAAUGAAAGAUGAGUCCAACAUCAGUGCUAAAGACCUCUUUCAUAGUGUCAAACAAGUUAACAGAAUUGCGCAUCACCUAACAGCAAGACAGAAAUCUAAGGCAAUCUUAUAUCAUCUAAACACUCACCCUAAAAAACUGAAGAAAAGAGUCGAUGGAACAGAGCUGGGACUGCUACUCAUGAAAAUGCAGUGGGUGCCACGAUUGCAGCAGAAACAAUCAAGUUUUCCUCCUUCGCUUCCAUGGUGCAAAACUAAGAAAGGAGCGCAGUGCUUUUUCAAGCCAACCGAGCUAAAGAGUCCUACCCUGGUCAAUCUCAUAGGAUCUGUUAGACCCGUUGUAGAAUUAGAGCCACUUAAGGAAGUGUUCGAGUAUUUUGGCUGGCAAAAAUUGCCAGAUGUCUUUGAUGUUGCAUUGCAGUUGAGAAAUGCAAUAAGUUCCUAUUCCAAAGACGAGAAACCAUAUUACAUGGUUAUCUUAAGCGAAAUCUACUCUUACCUCAGUCGUGCAAACUACCAAUCCUUAAGUCUGGCAUUUCAGGAAACGAAAAUCGUCAACUGGGUAUGGAACGGAGAUGGUUUUUCCUCACCUAAUCAGAUCCUUUCGGGUAAACUACGUAUUGAUCUUACACCCUACAUACACCCCCUUCCCUCAGAGAUGAUGAAGUUCACCCUCCUCUUUGAACGGUUUGGGGUCAAGACACAUACUGAUCCAACUGUCCUAUUGCAAGUUCUCUGCGCAAUCAAAGAAAAGUAUGACGUUGAAAUGGCCCCAUUAUCCGGUGAUGAAGUGCACCAUGACCUACAGUUAUCAGUUGGCAUAUUAAAUGAGUUGGCACGAGAAGAAUUACUGCCUGAUAUUCAAGAGAGGAUUGUUAUUCCUGUUUAUAUCGAGGACAACAAACAUGUAUUACUUGAGCCGGUCGAGCGCUGCAUGUACAGUGAAAACAGUGAGUGGCUCAUAACCGACGGCGAAGAUGAAGACAUGGAAUACUUCUACGUGCACCCCGAUGUUCCUAACCGUACUGCUCAACGUCUUGGUGUUCCUUCUCUUACAAAUCGAAUGUUGGAGCCUGAGGAGCUGUUCAUAGGAGAAGAAUUUGGGCAGGAAGAGAAGCUUACUACACGACUCAAUCGACUACUAGACGACUACACAGAUGGAUUUGCUGUACCAAAAGAACUUAUUCAGAACGCAGACGAUGCUGGUGCUACUGAAGUUAGUUUUCUUUACGAUGAGCGGACAAACGAGGGUGCCAUGACCUGUCUAAUUGACGAAGGAAUGAAAGGAUGUCAAGGUCCUGCUUUAUGGGUCUACAACGAUGCAACAUUUCAAGAUACAGACUUCGUUAACAUCACGAAACUAAAUGAAGCGACUAAAGUGGACGACACUGAAAAGAUUGGUAGGUUCGGACUUGGAUUCAAUGCAGUCUACAACCUUACAGAUGUCCCCAUGUUCGUAAGUAAGAACUACUUGGCGAUAUUUGACCCCCACACAUCUUACCUGGGAAAGGCGAUCAGAAACAUGAGAAGGCCAGGAAUGAAAAUCAAUCUUAACAAAGACGUCAAUAGACUUAAAAAGUUCAAAAACCAAUUUAAGCCUUUCAAUGGCAUCUUUGGCUGUGAUUUACAUCUUGAUAAACAGGACAACUCAUUUGAUGGAACGCUUUUUCGAUUUCCUUUACGGACGAGGGAUCAGGCUUCAAAAAGUGAGAUUAAGGACUUAUGGUACAACCAAGACCAAAUGCGAGAAUUGUUGCAAAUGUUUCUCCAGGGCGCCAACAAUGUACUUCUUUUCACGCAAAAUGUUCUAGCUGUGAGAAUUUAUCACCUCCCAAACAAGGAAAGUGAAGAUCCACAACCUGCACUGAUUUUUCAGGUUACGAAAUCUGCAUCCCACGCUGGAAUCUUAAGAGAGCUCUCCUUUACAUUUACGCUUCCUCCAAAUGCACUUAGCCUUAGUUCAGAGCAAAUUAGUUUUCUCCAACAGUGUAACUUUCUUCAAGCUGCCUCAAAAGUGAAGAAGCUGGCCAAAGGAAAAAACGUAGACCCCAAAACGUUUCCAAAGUCGUCAAUGAUAGUUGCCGUCGACUGCAUGUUAACUAAAAGUGGUGCGGUGUUCUUCAAUGAGAGAUUUCAUGUGGAGAAAGUAACUUGGCUCAUUGCAUCGUCAAUGGGUAAUGGUCAGGCUCUGACAUUUGCAAAUAACGAUGACAGUCUUCUUCCAGCAGCGGGAGCAGCCGUUCAGUUGCUGCCAGCAGACUCAAACACUUUCUUGCCCUCGCCGGUUGCGAAAACACUGGAAGGGUUGGAUCUCAAAGGCAGCAUAUUCUGCUAUCUGCCACUCCCAAUUCACAGUGGGCUACCUGUUCACAUCAAUGGAGCUUUCGCCUUAGCCUCGAAUAGACGCCAUUUACAAAUGAAAUUGGAAGACGAUAAGACGUGCCGUGGAGUGAAAUGGAACAAUAUGCUACUGGAAGACUCUGUAGCAUCUGCUUUGUUAGAUCUUCUUGAAGACAUGAAAAACCUUGCUCCCAAAGAUGGCUCAUACAAGUUUCACUUUCUAUGGCCGAAAAUGUCAGAAGUGCAACGAAACUGCUUGCCACUCGUGGUGUCUUUCUAUGCACAACUCAGCAGGAGUGGUUAUUCUCUUUUCUCUAAUGGAGAGCAUUGGGCUGACAUCACGCAAGUUGUUUUCCUUGAUCCAAAUUUUCGGAGAAAGGCCCACAUCGGUGAAGCGGCAAAUAAGGUUCUAAAAAUGUGUCACAUUGGAAAUGAAAUAGUCAUAGACUUACCUUCCGAUAUUUUGCAUUCUUUUGAACAAAGUGGCCUGGAGAACGCAAUCAAUGCCAGGAAAUACAACAGAAAGAGAUUUUUUCGUGAAAUUUUCUUUCCAAAUAUUGCCAUCCUUCCAGCCUAUCUAAGAGAUGUACUGACUCUACAUGCCUUAGAUGACAAAAGUGGGGAGUUCUCUGGCUUGAUAGGGCUGCACCCUUGUGUCCCAUCUUCACCAACUGGUAACACUCUGAUGACUCCUAGCCAACUCGUUCAUCCCUACCGAGAAGCAGCGUCACUAUUUUCCCCUGAAGAUGGUAGAUUUCCUUAUGGGACUGCAGAAUCGUAUGUUCACCCACAAAGGCUGACCAAACUUGAAGAACUGGGAAUGUCAUCGAAUGAUCUUCCUUGGUCCGAGCUAUCAGAAAGAGCAGAGAGCAUCCACAAGCUAAAUUUAGUAAGCAGUAAAGAGGCAUUAACCCGUGUAAUGGUAUUGUUAUCUUUCAUGGAGAAGAAAUUAAUUCGCCAAGACAAACCUGUAACUCAGAUUUCUACUCGCCUGUUAAACACUAAAUUUCUUCCCAUUCUUCAAAAGCCAAGAGAAUUUCCUCUCCCGUGGAAAGGAGAAGAACUUAUAGAAAAUUCUCAAGUACUGCUAGCACCUAAUGAAGCCUUCCUAGAGGAGGAAAAGUUCUUAGUUUGCUGCACAGAACCUAUUAUUGGGGUUUCAAUUCCAGCAACAUUGAGAAGCCUGUUACAUCUAGAUACAAAGCCAAUCACAUUUGAACAGGUGGUACAACAACUGACCGCUGCAGUGUCCGUGAAAGUAGAUUUACUAAAUACAUCACAGUACAGGGAGCUAAGGCGGGUCUGUGAAAAAUUGUAUUCUUGGCUGCAGAAAUCCCUUGCUUUCUUCGGUGGCAAAGAGAGAAUUAUAACAUAUCUUCGUGGAACAAGUUUCUUUAUCGUUGGGAAAAGGUUUCUUCCUCCAACUCAACUUGCAUUUAAUUUGAGUGUAGAUUGCUCCCCAUAUCUGUACCGGGUUCCACAUGACCUGGCCAUGGUUUUUACCCCAUUAUUGAGAGCGUGUGGCGUAAAAGAUCAGUUUGAUGAAGAAGAUUACAUUUCAAGCUUACACGACAUGAAGAAACGAUUUGGAGAAAAGUCAUUGGAUGAGAAAAGCCUUCAAGUUGCUACAAAUCUCGCAAAGUUACUCGGUGAAACUGUCUAUUCUGCCAAAACAGAACAAGCGGGGGAAAAGUUAUACCUUCCCGACUCUAAGGGAGUAAUGCACACAGUAGCGGAAAUUUGUGUUAGAAACUGUCCCUGGUUACCAGAUGAAGAAGGAGUGAACUUCGUAAAUGACCUCAUUCCUUGGCCAACAUGUUGCAAAAUCGGUGUUAAAACACGAAGACAAGAAGCCCUGCGGUACCAUGUAUUUGGAAUACCCUUUGGACAACGAGAGAAACUCACAAGCCGCUUAAGACGCAUUCUAACAGGGUACCCUUGUGAAAAAGAAAUUUUGAAAGAGCUUCUGCAAAAUGCUGAUGAUGCACAAGCAACUGAAAUUUGUUUCAUUAAAGAUCCUCGACACCAUCCGGAUAAGAGAGUGUUUGAAGACAUUUGGAAACCAUUGCAAGGUCCUGCGUUGUGCGUGUAUAACAACAAACCUUUCAGAAAUGAGGACAUCGAGGGAAUACGUAACCUUGGUGAAGGCAGCAAAGGAGAUGAUCCAAACAAGACUGGCCAGUAUGGAGUCGGCUUCAAUGCUGUUUAUCACCUGACGGAUGUACCCUCUUUCAUGACAAAAGGAAAGGACAUCGGGGAAGUCUUGUGCGCUUUCGAUCCGCAUUGCCGUUAUGUUCCUCGGGCAACACUUGAAGAACCAGGAGUGCUUAUGAAGAACAUCACGCCGCUAAGAAAGCGAUUCCCUGAUGUGUUUCCGUGUUACUUGGAGAACAACUUUCAACUUGAAAAUGGCACAAUGUUCAGAUUCCCUCUAAGAAACAGACAGAUGGCCCUGCAUUCUCAAAUAUCAAACAGCCCAGUUACAGUAGAAAUGGUCGAUACAAUGCUCGAGGAUCUAAAAAAGGAAUUGUUUGAAGUUCUCCUCUUCGUCAACAAUGUUAAAAAGAUCACAAUCUGCGAGGUUCACAAAAAUACUGGUAAUCUCGUUAAUGAUUACUACGUCGAGACUUCAAUGUCAAAGGAGGAUGAAGACAAAAGAAGGGCUUUUGCCAAAUACAUCAAACAGAUUGGAGAGAAGGUAAAAGAAAGAACGAAUCUUCUUCCAAGUGAUAUUCCAGUAGCAAGAGUUUCUUACGUCCUAAAUAUUUCAGACAGUCUUGGUAAUCAAGAGAAAUGGCUUGUUGUGCAACAACUGGGUUUUGAGAAGACGGUAAAGAAGAGCAUUAAUGCAGCCUUCAAGAGAAAUGAGCUGGGAAUGCUUCCUCGUGGUGGUGUGGCCUGUCUUCUAGAAAAGCGGAAUUCGAUAGCUCCUGCCGAACGAAGGAAGAGAGCGUACUGUUUCCUACCACUUCCAUUCGAAACAAAUCUGCCAGUACACGUCAAUGGCCACUUUGCUUUGGACCAUGAGGCAAGACGGUAUUUGUGGAGAGAUGAGAGCAGUGGAUAUCGAAGUGAUUGGAACAAUGCCUUACUGGAGGAUGUUGUAGCAUCUUGCUAUCUUACACUUUUGGUGGAAGUGCAAGUUUUUCUUAAAUUACCCCUUGAAAACGCUGGAAAUCCUUGCGCCGUGACCUGUUCAGAAAGUGAACUCUUGCAAAAAUUCAAUGCAUUCGAACGGCUCUUCCCUCUUGAGCCUCCUCAAGAUUCAUACUGGAAGAUACUGGUUGACUCUCUUUUCCACUGUUUGGCAAUGAGACAAAUAAGGGUUUUACCAAUUAUUAGAAAGAAAUCACAGGGUGCAACCCAUGAGUCAUCCAAGAGCAGCACUUCUUUUGACGUAACAUGGCUUCCGUUCAAUGGGAGUGGAAAAAACCAAGCUCUUUUUAAUAACAUCGCAGAGAAAAGUCCAUUUACCAAACCACAAUUACACAAUAGGCUAAAGGAGGUUUUACUGGAAAGUGGAUUCAACCUUUGCGCUUUUUCCUUGGCACUGCAUCAAUCCCUUCAGCGCUCUGGUAUUCCAUCAUCUUGUAUUUCCCCCAGUUCUGUAAUUGAUUUCUACAAAACAUUCAGUUCACGUGAUCCGUUAUGCGUGAUUGGACCCAUUCCAUGCAACGUAAACGAAACCCCAUUCAGAGAUGCUCUCGGUGUCAUUCUUGUUCUUCUUUACUGCAAAGGAGUGGAAAACUUUUAUGCAGAGCUACCUGGCCUCCCAUUGCUUUUAACAAAAGACAACUGCCUUCGACAGUUCUCAAGUAAGAAUCCAAAGUUCCUCUCACGAUUCCAAGACAUAUUGCCUGGCUCACCAGAAAUUUUUAUGCAUGAGCUGGUUGAACAAAAAGUGUUCCAAGAUGCCCUAACUGUGAAAUCGUCGGUAGUGAAACCCCUAGGACUGCAAGGAUUUGCAGCAAACUUACCUCAAACGCUAGAGGUUAAACAGUAUGGACAAGGUCGUUCCGUUGAGUGGUUUCCCAAUCAAAAAGGCAUACCCAAUCAGCGUUGGAUAACAAGAGUCUGGUUUUUCCUUGGCCAACUACUUAUGGACGAGGUCUUACGUGAUCCAACGUUACCCCAAGAAACCAAGUCUCUACAAAUUAAAGCCGCUCUUGGACCUCUCGCUAACUGGAGUAUUCUCCCUUGCACUGAAUCCAAAGAAGAAGAGACGAAGAAAUCUCUGUUUUCGUUUUUUGGAGUAUGUUCGUUCCCUCCUCUUACCCACGUUCUUGUGCCACUCUGUGAAGCAACAACUGUUCUCGAUUUUGGAAGUUCGGAUGCAACAAAUCGUAAACUUUUGGAUGUGUUACGAAGGCUCGGGCUACCUGAACUAAACUAUGCUACAAUUUCAACAAGUCUAUCAUCGAACCCAGUUGAACUUGCUCGUCUCAUGGUCUCGUCUCUGAAGGUUCCUGCCUCUCUCCUGACAGCCCUUAGCCAGAAAAUUGAAAAGGAGCCUCAUCUGCCUCAAAGAUUGGAUUCUACGGAGCGUAGAGCGAUUUUGGUUUAUUUCAGCAGGAGUGUAUCAAGCCUGCAAGAUGAAGACCGAAGCAGGCUGAGAAAACUUCCAUUCUAUCAAGCAACGAAUGGUGGUUUCAUAGCACUUGGUGGAGAUCGCCAAGUUUGCGUCCUUCCAGCUGGCAUACCACGAAAAGAUAUCAAUAAGUUGGAGCAUCAUUUACGCGUAGUAUUUAUCGAGACAGGAGAACUUCUCUCUGACUUAUUCAAGUUCCUGGCUUUUGAAUGCGUUUCCGCCGUUGACCUCUACUGCACCUACAUUUUGCCUCACUUAGGUAUUUUCGAUCAGGAUACAAGACAGACACAUCUGGAGUAUAUUCGCAAAAGCAUUUUGUCUGAUCUUCUUUUAUCGUGUGAUGAGAAGCAAAGGCUGCAAGAGUGUUUGCGAAACACUCCAAUCAUUCCUACUGCAAAUGGAACACUAAAAACUGCCUCAUUCUUCUACGAUCCAUGCGUUGAUGUUUUCCGCAUCAUGCUGUCGGAGAGCUGUUUCCCACCUGAACCUCUGAAUUCACCUGAGUGGCUGGUUAUCCUGAGAACGAUUGGUCUUAUUUACAAGGUUUCCCAUGAACUCUUUAUUCAAUUUGCUAGAGAGGUUGAAGAUGAAGCUGUCACACAAAGAACAUCGAAAACAGAACAGAAAUCAAAAAUCCUGGUAAAACAUCUCAUGCGUAGAAAAAAUGUGGUGGCUGAAGGAAUCUUACCAGUCAUAUGCAGCAUUUCUUUUGUGGCCAGUGAGCCCGUGAAGAAACCGUUUCGAGACCUUUGCCAGCCAUUUAAUGACAUAGGAGAUGGCCAGAUUCCGUUCGUUGCAUUCAAGGGAGCAGUUCCGUCCACGUAUGCUGAAGUUGUUUGGACAAAAGCCCAUCUACUUCCUUGGUCAGCAGAUCCAAAUAAUUGUCGUAGUGAGCUAGGAUGUCCACCAGGCAAGAGCAUUGAAAAGUAUUGCAAUGCUUUUUCCGCCCAACUGCAAAUUGCAAGAAAGCCCUCUGUAGAUCUUGUUGUUCGUCACUGUCAAACCGUGUGCUGCCUCCAUGAAAACAAAGAAGGAAAAGAAAUUCGAUUUGAACAACGGGCAAGACUUAAAGAGGUUAUGGAACGUAUCUACGAUUUUUUGCAAGCAAGUCUGAUCACAAUCAAAGAUUCGAAGGACCUCCUUGAAAAUACACCAUGCAUUAUAGUGGAGCAAGGAAAGAAAUUUAUUCUUCCACGACAAGCAGUGCUUGAGUUGUACGAACAUCUUGAAAUUAAGCCCUUCCUAUACAGUGUACCUCGAGAGUUUGGCAAAUUUCACCCUUUAUUUCAUACUCUUGGGUGUUCUAUGCAUGUUACGAUUGUCCACUACGCAAUGGUGUUAGAGAUGUUGCACGUCAAAGCCAACAACGAGAAGCUGCAUCCGAAUGAAGUGAUCAUAUGCGUCAGGGCGCUGCAAGGUUUUUUUCAAAGACUUGAAGAAAACGAGGAAGACUUGUCAAGCAUUUCGCAGCUUUACUUUCCAGGAAUGUCCACAAGAGGAAAUUCCCUAGAGGAAGUGGAUGUCGGGACACCAGUAACAUUACAAGAAUCGUCGCAAUUGGUGUUUAAUGAUGCCUCCUUUUCCAUUCUUGAUCGUCUUCAGAAUUUUAGCCAUCUACUGCUUGACCUAAGAUCAAUGAAGGUGACUUGUAGCUCUUCCAUAACGAACUACAAGGAGCUAGUGAUGAAACUUCCAACGAAAUUGCGACCCAAAAUGCUAUCCUCUUUAGUUGAAGAAAAACUCUCUUCCCGGAACGACUCAACGUUGUCGAUUGACGCCGUGAACUCCUUAAGGAACCAGCUGUCUUCUCCACAUUUCAUUGCAGCAGUUGUAAGACUUAUACGAGAUGAGAACCGGGGCAAAAAGGAUAUCGAUGAGGCCAUUAUAGCAAAUAUAAAAGGCCGCCUUCAAGGAAUUGACAUCCGCGUGGUCGUGAACCUUAAAAGCAUCCUAUUUUGUGACGGCAGCCCAAUUCCGGAGAGCGAAAAAGAAGUGCCCUACUUCUUAGAAAAGAGCAUCGUCUCGGCUGAGGAGAAGUGGACAGUGUAUCUAAAUUCUGUAACUGGAAUUGAGGAGGGCUUUACCAUCAUUUCCUUAGUGUCCAACGUUAUUGUAGAGUUGUAUGGUAAUCUUCUAGGAAAGAGAGCGGUGUUGAUUCCUCAUCUGUUAAUUUCUGUCCCAAGUGAUAUUGGCACGCUAUUAGAUGCUGCGGGAGUGUGUCAAGAUGAUUCCUUGUUUGCAAUGAAGGUUGAAAUUUUUCCCACACUUGGCACCUUCAUUCCUCUCAUUGAUCACCAUUUGCUAAACGACGCCUUUGUAGAGUUCGAACCUGGUGAAUAUGUGGGUUAUGAGCUGGAAGAUCCAAGUAUAAACCGUACAGAAGGAGUUGCCACGUAUAUUUAUGCAAGAGUUGUACAGGAAGUCACGGAGAAAUGUCUACCUCUACUGACGAAAAAAUACAGAAUUGACGUCGGAUGCGGCGAGGACUUGGUGGUUGAUGCCGUGGACCUGUAUAAGUUUCAUCGUUUACCAACUGCACCAUCCACAACGCUUGCAGUAUUUAAAAAUGGGGAACGAGCCACCCCAGGGCGAUCUAAAAGCAGAAGCCAGCAAGAGGUAUUUGAUGAGAUCUCCGACCACUUAGAAGAUGCGUGGAGAUUACCAGAAGAGAAACGCCGAAAGAUCAUCAAGCGACUUUACCUGCAGUGGCAUCCUGAUAAAAACGUAGGUGACGAGGAAUUCUGCAACGAAGUUUGCAAACACAUCCAGAGUGAGAUCUUGCGGCUGGAAAGAGGAGAGCCACGGGGCAGUCAGGAAAGCUCAAACGUUGGCUCCAGCCAAAGUCAGCAUGGCUUUUACGAAGACUUUUUCCGCUCCUGGGGAGCACGCGCCAGGGAACAUCACACACAGCGCGAAGGAUACAGAUCAAGACACCAGUUCCCUAGAAACUCUGCCAGAGCAAAGAAUCCACAACCGGGAGAAGCUAAGAGAUGGUUCAGGCAGGCUGAGGCUGAUAUAGCAGCAACAGAGAAUGACAUUAUCUACAGAAGGCCCUCCUAUGAAUGGGCGUGUUUUAAAUGCCACCAGGUA